AUGUUACUGGCUGCGGGGACUCCGUGCAGGGCUCGUUCGGCACGGAGCCGUACCGAUGCGUUCAGGGCUGCGUUGGACGCGCCCGGCGCAGCCGUAACCCGUGGGCGGCGAUCAGGGCGUGCAGCCGGGGGCUGUAAGAUCCGUGCCGAGCCCAGGCAUGCCGUGAUUGUAGAUUCCCGGACAACGCAGGGCGUUGCAACGGCGUCGUGCCGUAGCUCUGCUGUGGCGGGCGGGUUUUCAACUUCUUCAGUGUUUUAUACCAAAAAGGGUCUUGGUUUCUUCUUGGAAUUGACAUGUGGGAGUGUUCUUUUUUUAAUCCUAAAUAUUUUGCAUUUCAGGUAUACUAAACCACUAACGUUUGCAGACUGCAUUAGCGAUGAAUUGCCACUAGGAUGGGAAGAAGCGUACGACCCACAGGUUGGAGUUUAUUACAUAGACCACAACACCAAAACCACACAGAUAGAAGAUCCUCGUGUGCAAUGGCGACGGGAGCAGGAACAUAUGCUGAAGGACUAUCUUAUCCUGGCCCAAGAGGCAAUUGCUGCACAGAAGGAGAUCUAUCAAGUGAAACAGCAGAGGCUUGAAUUGGCCCAGCAAGAAUACCGGCAGCUGCAUGAUGUUUGGGAGCACAAACUGGGCUCUCAGACCAGCUUGCUGUCUGGCUCAUCAUCAAGUUCCAAGUAUGACCCAGAGAUCCUCAAAGCAGAGAUUGCUACUACGAAAUCCAGGGUCAAUAAACUAAAGAGAGAGGUAGCUCAUAUGAAGCAAGAAAUCCAGUACAAAGAGCACGGAUUUCAAACUCUGAAGAAUAUUGACAUGAAAAUGUCUGAUACUCAAGGUGGCUACAAACUUGAUGAAGCACAAGCCAUUUUAAGUGAAAUGAAAGCUCUCAAGAAGGCCAUCACAUCAGGGGAAAAGGAAAAGCAAGACCUCAUUCAGAGUUUAGCCAGGUUAAAAGACAGCUUCGUGAAUGACAGAGGAUCACAGUCAGACCUGUGGGCCAGCAAUGUGUCCUUAGAAAGCUCAAGCCCCUUGUUACCCAGGCAGUAUCUGGAUGUCAGCUCCCAGACGGAUGUUUCAGGAAAUUUUAUUACCGGCAGCAAUAAUCAGUUGGCUGAGAAAGUAAGAUUGCGCCUUCGAUAUGAAGAAGCAAAGAGAAGAAUAGGAAACCUGAAAAUACAACUGGCAAAGCUUGACAGUGAGGCCUGGCCUGGUGUGCUGGAUUCUGAGCGGGAUCGGUUAAUAUUAAUUAAUGAGAAAGAGGAGCUCUUAAAAGAAAUGCGAUUUAUCAGUCCUAGAAAAUGGACUCGAGGAGAGGUAGAGAGACUGGAGACGGAGAGAAAGCGCUUAGAGGAAGAUCUUCAGGCUGCUAGAGACACUCAGAGCAAAGCUCUAACUGAGAGACUGAAGUUGAAUAGCAAAAGAAAUCAGCUAGUCCGAGAACUGGAAGAAACAACACGAUUGGUUGCCAUGUUGCACACCCAGCUGAAGAGUCUCUCCGCCAGCAUGCUUUCCCUCUCCUCAAGCAGCAGCCCUGGCUCUCUUGCAUCUAGUAGAGGAUCUCUUGCCACCUCCAGUCAGGAUUCAUCCACCUCUGCCAGCUUCACUGACCUCUACUGUGAGCACAUGGAGCAAUUGGAGCAGCUGGACUCUGACUAUCAAAACAAGAUUGACUUGCUCUUGGAAGGAGCCACUGGAUUUCGGCCAUCAGGCUGUAUCACUACUAUUCAUGAAAAUGAAGUAGCAAAAACUCACAAAGCAGAUGCCACCAGUCGCAUACAGGCUUUGAGAUCGCUGUCUGGUACUCCAAAAUCCAUGACAUCGCUGUCUCCAAGGUCAUCUCUCUCUUCUCCAUCCCCCCCUUGCUCUCCACUGGUGAUAGACCCACUCCUUACUGGCGAUGCCUUUUCAAGCCAUAUGGAUUUUGAUGAUACAGAGAUAAGUACAAAUCUCUCAGAACUCACCCUAAACAUUGGGAGUGGCAACUGUAGACUGGAAGAGCCGAGAGCAGGAGAUAAACAUCUAGGUCAAGGUGUAAAUGCAGCCGGAGGGACAGCGCUGAAGGUGGCGUGUGUGUCAGCUGCAGUGUCUGAUGAAUCUGUUGCUGGAGAUAGCGGCGUGUACGAAGCAUCUGUGCAAAGACCGUGUGCAUCAGAAGUGAUGGUGUUUGACAAUGAUGAUACAGAAGCAGUUAGGACAGCUAAAGUGCAAAUUGCAAUGAGAUACGAUGAGAAAAAUAAGCAAUUUGCAAUACUGGUUAUCCAGCUGAGUAAUGUUCAAGCACUGCUGUUACAACAGGACCAAAAAGUGAACAUUCGCGUGGCAGUCCUGCCCUGUUUGGAAAGCACAAGCUGCUUGUUUCGCACAAGACCGGUGGAAGUUUCAGACAAUCUCAUGUACAAUGAAGUAUUUUGGGUUUCUAUCUCUUACCCAGCUUUACGCCAGAAGACUUUAAGAGUUGAUGUUUGCACUGUAGAUAAAUCUCGCCUUGAAGAAUGUUUGGGUGGAGCACAAAUUAGCCUUGCUGACAUAUGUAGAUCUGGAGAGAGAUCAACUCGUUGGUAUAACCUCCUUAGUUCCAAGUAUCUGCAGAAGCAAAACAGAAAAAGUAAACAAGGAAACGUUCAUUCUGAAAUACCCUGCACUGAUAAAACAGACUCCGUAUCAGCACUCUUAGAGCAGACGGCUGUUGAACUGGAAGCUGUGGAGAAGAAACUGGAGAAAAGCAGAACCGCUUUAACUAGUGGAGAGGGCUGGCAAGAUGAAGAGGUUGCUGAGCAGGAAGAACUGGAUGAGAUCAGUGAAAAUGAAGCAGAAGAGGAAGAAGAAUUCUGUGCUGGAAAACUGCUGUGGGAAACAGAAGAAAGUCUGAAUUCCCAUCCUCACGUGGAUAUGGCAGUAAAGGUGGAUAAAGAGACAAACACAGAGAGCCUUGCACAAUCUGCUGCUGUAGUUCGUCCAAAAGACAAAAGGCCAGCAAAUCCACCACAAACUCAGUUCGUCAGGGGUAGCACCAUCAUCCGCUCCAAAACGUUUUCACCGGGACCACAAAGUCAGUAUGUGUGUCGGCUGAAUCGCAGCGACAGUGACAGUUCAACGCUAUCCAAAAAAACCCCCUUUGUCCGAAACGCAAUGGAGAGACGAAGCGUCAGAGUGAAACGGCCUUCAAUUAAGUCUGUUGGUACAGAGCGCCUGAUUCGCACUUCACUAGACCUGGAGCUGGACCUGCAGGCUUCAAAAACCUGGCACGAUCGGCUAGUUCAGGAGAUCUCUGUGCUGAGAGAACUGAAGGAACAGUUAGAACAAGCUCAGAGUCAGGGUGAGAAAGAGUUACCGCAGUGGGUGAAGGAUGAUGAGAGAUUUCGACUGCUGCUGAGGCUAGUAGAAAAACGAGUGGAAAAAACAGAACACAAGUGUGAGCUCAAAGCUGAUAAAAUGAUGAGAGCUGCUGCCAAGGACGUUCACCGGCUCCGAGGGCAAAGUCGGAAGGAGCCUUUGGAAGUGCAGUCAUUCAGAGAGAAAAUGGCAUUUUUCACACGGCCCAGGAUCAACAUUCCAACACUCUCUGCGGAUGACGUGUGAUCACCAUAAAGUAUUUGCUUUUGGGACACUUCUACAACUGCAGUUUGUCUGUUUGUUUUGAAGUUAUUUAUGUGGUAUAUGAAGGUACCGAGGCCUUUUUACGUUAGAGCUUCUGUCAGCGCGUGGAUGUUUUAAGGACUUCAGGUUGACGUAUAUCAUCACAAAAACCAGCAUUAAAUGACAAGAUUGUAUAGUUUGUAUAUUUAGGAACGUAUUUUUGGGAAAUAGAAUUUUAAAUAAGAACAAAAGCAGCAUCCGGUGCUGUUAUUCUUAAAUAACGCCGUGUAAACCUUUUGUACAGCUCAGCCUUUUAGCAGCCUGACGGCAAUCGGCGGCGGUGGAGGAACGGUGCGGCAGCAGCUGCCUG